AUGUUAGAGAACAAAAAGAGUGUUACAAAUAAACAACUCAGUCUACUCCUAGACGAAGUAGAAAAAAAUCCAACACUAAGCCAUGAAAAAAUCUUGAGUGGUACCGAGAGAAUUCAUGAUGCAAAAUGGGAGAAGCUUGUUGAAAAGCUAAAUGCCGUUCCUAAUGGGGCUAAAAGAUCUAUAGCGCGAUGGAAAACGGUAUUGAGUAAUUGGAAGUUAACACUAAAGAAACAGGCAGACUCUAAUGAGAAUGUAGACAACCCAGAGGUGGUUGAUGAGAUGGGCAAGAGGCUCCUCCGACUUGUUGAAGAGGAGGAACUUGUUCGGAAUGUUGAAGUUGAUCUGUUCUUAGACUUUACAGACUUCAGUAAUCCUACAGAGGAAACUGAGAAUCAAGAAAUUUUACAUGGUCCACAACUAAGGAUUUUGAACAGGAGGUCGAGGCUUGCAAGGAUAAGUCUUGGACGGGGACCAUAUAUGAACUCCCAAAGAACAAUGAAUAGUCUUAACACAAUCUAUGAUAAUAAUGUGGAUCGAGAUAACAGCCCAGAGAGGAAGAUUAUGCAGAUGCAGUUAGACCGACUCCACUGUGUGUCACAGCAGCUGGAGAGUCACAUCCAAGAUGUACAGAAUAGGAUUCAGGCCAUUAAGGAUAUGUGGCACCAUGAAUGCAUAGAGGAAUAA